UCUGUGAUCUGCUGAUGUUUUGGUUCCUGAUGCACCUGACAGUUUUUAUCUCCUCUCUGCUAUGAGACCACGCAGGAUGGAUUCCAGGCUACCCGUCCUGUUGAACUUUUUCCUCUUCUGUAGCUGCUCGGCUUCUCCGCCGAACUUCGUCCUCCUCUUCGCGGACGAUUUGGGUUUCGGGGAUUUGGGCUGCUACGGACACCCCAGUUCAAUCACCCCCAACCUGAACCGCCUGGCAGCGGAGGGACUUCGCUUCACCGACUUUUACUGCACCAGUCCCGUGUGCAGCCCGUCCAGGGCUUCGCUGUUGACGGGUCGCUAUCAGACCCGCUCCGGUGUUUACCCGGGUGUGUUGUAUCCGGGCUCCAGAGGCGGGCUUCCUCUGAAUGAGACCACCAUCGCUGAAGUCCUGAAGCCUCUGGGUUAUGCGACUGCCAUGAUUGGGAAGUGGCAUCUGGGAGUUGGGGCCAAUGGGUCUUAUUUACCAACCAAACAGGGGUUUGACCACUACCUGGGAAUCCCGUACUCUCAUGACAUGGGUCCCUGUAGGAACCUCACUUGUUUUCCACCAGACAUCAAGUGUUUUGGAUUUUGUGAUGUGGGAUCUGUGUUAGUGCCUCUAAUGCACAACGAGGACAUCAAGCAGCAGCCGGUCGACUUCCUCGAUCUGGAAAGCGCCUACAGUGACUUUGCAGUGGAUUUCAUCACCUCAUCAGUGAAGAAGAAACAGCCUUUUUUUCUCUACUAUCCAGCCCAUCACACCCACUAUCCCCAGUAUGCUGGUCCAGGAGCGGCUGGGCGGUCUUUAAGGGGCCCAUUUGGAGAUGCUCUGUUGGAGUUGGACAACACUAUAGGAAACCUGCUGGCAACGCUGGAGGAAAUGGGAGUGAUCAACAAUACACUGGUCUUCUUCACAGCUGACAAUGGGCCUGAGUUAAUGCGCAUGUCCCGCGGGGGAAACGCUGGCCCUCUAAAAUGUGGUAAAGGUACCACAUAUGAAGGAGGCAUGAGAGAACCAGCCAUCGCCUACUGGCCAGGAACAAUCAAACCAGGUGUCACACAUGAGCUUGCCAGCACUCUGGAUGUCCUCCCCACCAUCGCAAGCCUGGCAGGAGCCAAGCUGCCUCCGGUGAUGCUGGAUGGGGUCGACAUGACAGAACUGCUUGUCCGCCGAGGAAAGAGCAAAAGGGAGACGAUGAUAUUCUACCCCACGUCUCCGUCUGAAAAAUAUGGGCUGUUUGCUCUCAGGAUGGGGAAGUACAAAGCUCACUUCUACACACACGGUGCUGAACACAGCGCCACCACUCCAGACCGCGACUGCCCGGCCACGGCGGUCCUCACCGCCCACGACCCCCCUCUGCUUUUCGACCUGGAGGCCGACCCCUCGGAGAACUACCCCCUCACGCUGGAGGGGGAUCCCGACCUCCAAGCGGUGCUGGAGCAGAUCCAGAAAGCAAAGCUGGAGUUCGAGGCCUCCAUGGUGUUCGGGGAGAGCCAGAUAUCCAAAGGAACGGACCCGGACCUCGCGCCUUGCUGCAACCCUCAGUGCAGCCCCAGACCCUCCUGCUGCCGCUGUUAGUUCUGCCUGUCGAACCAACUUCAGAAGAAGUUAAAUCUUGAUGCACUUCACUGACUCAGAAUUGCUUGUUGAAAGCAAGAACACUGAUUUAUUUUUUUUAAAUGCUAUUGCUGUGGAAGGUUAAGGUUGUGAUUGCAGUUUUUUUUUUUCAAGUAACAGUGGUUUAUAUGUUGAGGAUGGAUGGAUGGGUGGGAUAAAGGUUUGAUUCUUGAAUGUACAAAUAUAGGAAAUAAAUAUUUUAAUAUUGUUUUAAUAUUGCCUGGAUUCAUUUGACAUUUGCAGUUGAAUCACAGUAUGUCCAUUUAUCGGUUAAUUUCAUUUUUUAAACUCGCGGUUCACUUAGAAUAUGCAGAAUUCAUAGGCGCCUGAUGAAAACCCUCCCUGGACCUGUUCUCACUAGUAUGAAAGAAUAUUUGAGUUAGUUGGAAUAAGAAUAUUCUCACUCUAAUGCAGCAUUGUUGUUUCAGUGUAUGUAUAAAAUCCUCUCACAACACUAAAUGCAAAAUCCACUAGUUGCCAUGAACAUUUCUGAACAAGCAGGUAAUAUUUAACUAUCAAAAAUCAGCUAAAUAUGCUGAAUCCUCAAAUUCUUGACUCUCGAGUCACAGUCUUAUCUGCUGCUCCCUCACAACUGUCACCUUCCAACAAAUGUGUGUAUCCUGUGGAGACUGUCUUCUCCCAGAACACUUAACAAUAAUGAAUUAAGUAUUUCUUCCUCUUUCUCCGUGGUUUCCCUCCAGGCUC